GAUGAUGGUCCCUGUCUGGGUCGCGGAGGAGUCCCCUAAGGAACACUUAGCUUCUCUCCUCCCGAGCCGGCGCUGUGCCCGGGGCGCUCCGGGAGGAGGGACGAGGAUCCGGCGCUGGGGCGCAGAUACUGACACCAAGGGAAUCCGGGUGCCCCCCCUCCACACCAUGCGGGCCCCCAGGAACCUGGCUCCGCCACCUCGGCUGCCCAGUGGCCACGGCCCCAAUCUUGGCCAGGAGGAGAUUCUGCGGACAUUCAGGGAUCGGCUUCGUCACUGAGACCUCAGGCCUCUGUCAGCUACCCCCCACCCCCCACUCCAUACCCCUAGCCAUCCUCGGCAGGUCUCAGCCCCAGCUCCAUCAGUGCCCUCGCCCCAGCCGCAGCUAUGUUGCACACCGAGGGCCACGCUCUUCUUCGGGCGGUGGGUCAGGGUAAGCUACGCUUGGCCCGUUUGCUUCUGGAGGGAGGCGCCUACGUGAAUGAGGGUGAUGCGCAGGGGGAGACUGCGCUAAUGGCAGCCUGUCGGGCCCGCUACGACGACCCCCAGAACAAGGCACGCAUGGUACGCUACCUCCUGGAGCAAGGCGCGGACCCCAACAUCGCAGACCGCUUAGGGCGCACUGCGCUCAUGCACGCUUGCGCCGGGGGUGGGGGCGCUGCGGUGGCCUCGCUGCUCCUUGCCCACGGCGCAGAUCCCUCAGUCCGAGAUCACGCGGGCGCCUCGGCUCUUGUCCACGCCCUGGACCGCGGGGACCGCGAGACCCUUGCCACACUGCUGGACGCCUGCAAGGCCAAGGGCACGGAGGUCAUCAUCAUCACCACCGAUACCUCGCCCUCGGGCACCAAGAAGACCCGGCAGUAUCUCAAUUCUCCACCAUCCCCAGGGGUGGAGGACCCUGCUCCCGCUCCUCUUAGCCCGGGGAUCUGCACGUCGCCUUCGGAAAUCCAGCUGCAGACCGCAGGAGGAGGAGGGCGUGGGAUGUUAUCCCCUCGCGCCCAGGAAGAAGAGGAGAAGCGGGACGUAUUUGAAUUCCCUCUUCCUAAGCCCCCCGAUGACCCAUCCCCUUCCGAGCCGCUCCCUAAACCACCACGCCAUCCCCCCAAACCACUCAAAAGGCUCAACUCCGAGCCCUGGGGCCUAGUGGCCCCUCCUCAACCAGUCCCACCCACCGAAGGAAGACCGGGGAUCGAGCGCUUGACUGCCGAAUUCAAUGGCCUGACCCUGACCGGUCGACCCCGUCUUUCCCGACGUCACAGCACCGAAGGCCCAGAGGACCCGCCCCCAUGGGCGGAGAAAGUGACUAGCGGGGGUCCUCUCUCUCGCCGAAACACAGCCCCAGAAGCUCAGGAGUCUGGUCCCCCUUCAGGGCUGAGGCAGAAACUGAGCCGCAUGGAGCCAGUGGAGCUCGACACUCCCGGACACCUUUGCCCUGACUCGCCUGAGUCCAGUCGCCUGUCCCUGGAGCGCCGCCGAUACAGCGCCUCCCCGUUGACCCUCCCUCCAGCCGGCUCAGCUCCCUCUCCGCGCCAGUCCCAGGAGAGUCUGCCAGGGGCAGUAUCUCCGCUAAGCGGACGGAGGCGGAGUCCGGGGCUGCUGGAGCGGAGGGGCUCAGGGACGUUGCUCCUGGACCACAUCUCGCAAACGCGGCCGGGUUUCCUGCCCCCUCUCAACGUCAGUCCCCACCCUCCCAUCCCUGACAUUCGCCCUCAACCCGGAGGUCGGGCGCCUUCGUUGCCUGCCCCUCCUUAUGCCGGGGCGCCAGGCUCCCCCAGGACCAAGCGCAAAUUGGUGAGACGCCACUCCAUGCAGACUGAGCAGAUCCGCCUGCUAGGGGGCUUCCAGAGUCUAGGUGGCCCUGGGGAGCCAGGGCGCUGAGAGAAGUGAGAGGAGCCAAGGAAGGUGGGGAUUAGGACCUUAAUGGAAUAGGUGGGAGAACCAGCUCACACACACACCACGAACAUAGGGAUCUCUUGCAUGUGCUCAUGGGUGCACAGUGCACCCACACAUGGUUAAACAUGUGUCCAUAAGCACAGUACUCUUAUUAGCAAGAAAGAAUAAGUACUCUAUUUACUGGGUAUAUAGACACAUGUAUUCAUGCCCUGGUCAUUUCACAUGCAUAUGGGAUUACUUGUGUACCUGCGGGCACAGCACAUCAAUAAACAGAUAGGGCUAGGGUCCCAAACUCUCUUGCAUUUGUUCAGAAGCAGAAGCAGUAGGGAACCUUUACUUACGGGCAGUCUCCCAUGUCUUUGCCCUCCUGCAGAAGCAAUCCCUCGCUUUCCAUGUAUGCCCUGCAACACAGCCUAUCAUGAUUUUGCAUACUCUGCUCUCUACAUGAACAUCCCAGCCCAUUCUCCAGGUCUUGCUUCUUUCUCCAGGCCUGGCUCCUUAUUCACACCCCGCUUCCAACCCCAACCACUUUUCAGGAUGUCUUUUUCACUCUUCUUGGGGGUUCCUGGAGCAACCCCCAGCCUAUGUUCUGCUGCUGUCUUUACUGCUCUCAACUUCACUUCUCAACUUCCUGCUUUUUAUUCCCACCCUGUUCCUCCAACAACUACAACAGAUUGUCUCAUUUUCCCAGGGGGUGGGUCAUGGGCUCUAAACUGCUCUUCUGUCUGUCUGAGCUUAUGAACACCCCCACGGGUAGAGGUGGGGAGAAACCCUAAACCACUCCUCUCUCCACUUGACAUAUCAAAUAAAUGUGUUCAGAAGUC